AUGACAAAUGGUUCUAAUCAGACAGCAACAGAGAAGGCAAAUAUCAGGACGAACUCAAGGAUGAUGGAUGAACAUGGAAACAUUCUUAGUAAACGUCGUGGUGCUAUCAGUAGUGAGUCGCUCGGUGAGCAACCGGUCAAUGCCAUUCCGACUAUACCGAAAUCAGAGGAGACACAACAACGUCUAGAUCAAGCUUUGAAAAAGAAUAUUAUGUUUAGUCAUCUAGAGGAAGAGGAAAGAAAUUCAGUGUUUGCCGCUAUGUUUGAAGUACACUACAAACAGGGUGAUGUCAUCAUCAAACAGGGUGACGAAGGUGACAACUUUUAUGUCAUCGAUCAAGGUAUCUGUGAUAUCUAUGUAAAUAAGGAGAAUCAACCACCACUUCACGUGAUGGAUGUAUAUGAAGGUGGUAGUUUCGGUGAGUUAGCGUUAAUCUAUGGAAGUCCAAGAGCUGCAACAGUUAUUGCAAGAACAGAUGUUAGACUAUGGGCAAUAGAUAGAAUGACUUAUCGUAGAAUUUUGAUGGAUACAACUAUAAAGAAGAGAAAACUGUAUGAGAAUUUCUUGGAAAAGGUUUCGAUACUCAGACAUUUGGAUAAAUACGAGCGAGUCAGUUUGGCAGACGCUCUGGAACCUAGUGCGUUCCAAGACGGUGAUAUUAUUGUACGACAAGGCGAGCAAGGUGAUAAAUUCUAUAUUAUUGUCGAUGGUGAGGUCAAGGUGACAACCAACGGCGUCGAAGUAUCGAGACUGCAUAGCUCAGACUAUUUCGGUGAGAUUGCACUCUUGACUGAUCGUCCUCGUGCCGCCACCGUAACAGCGGUCGGACCCACCAAAUGCGUAGAGAUGGAUCGUCAAAGAUUUAACAGACUGCUUGGACCUUGUGAAGAUAUCUUGCGCAGAAACAUGGAAAUGUAUAAUCAAACAAGGGAAUAA